AUGUCCACCAGCACCCACAGCCACGCCGGGAGCCAGCAGUUCCCAGGGAAUUGCACCCUGGAGAAGGCCCUGCAGACCGUGGUGGACCUGUUCCACCAGUACAGCAUCCGCCAGGGUGAGAUAGACCUCCUGAGCAUGAGCGACUUCACCACGCUGCUGAAGGAGCAGGCGCCGUCCUUCCUGCAGACCUGCGACAGGAACCGAGCUGGCUACUUGGAGAAGCUCUUCCAGGAGACCGACCUGAACAAGGACAAGGAGCUGAGUUUUGAGGAGUUCACCAUCGUGCUGAGCAAGCUGGCCGACGACGCCCACCGCAUCAGCCACGGCUCCGAGCGCUGCGGGCCCGACAAGGAUUGA